UCCCACAAUGGCAGCAGAUUGGCAGAAUAAUCGCCCUGGCGAAGAGGACGAAGAUGACGAAGAAGUCGAUGAUACGAGUUACAAAGCGAUGAAAGACGCUGUGCUCUUUGCAAUUGAUGUCAGUUCAUCCAUGUUGGAGCGUCCACCACCUUCAGACGACAAACAUGCCGAGCGAGACUCCCCAGUAUCUGCUGCUCUCACGUGUGCCUAUCAAUUGAUGCAGCAGCGCAUCAUCUCAAACCCAAAAGACAUGAUGGGCAUACUGCUGUAUGGCACGGAAAAGUCCGACUUGAAAGAUAACGACAACACUUUCCAGCAUUGCUAUUUGCUUUCUGACCUUGACAUUCCCUGCGCACGAGACGUGAAGCAACUUCGGAAUUUACUAGAAGACGAAGACGAGGCAGCAAAGACUCUCAAGCCAUCCAAGGAUAGGGUGUCCAUGUCCACGGUUCUCUUCUGCGCAAAUCAAAUAUUCACGACCAAAGCCCCCAACUUCUCCUCACGGCGGCUGUUCUUAGUCACGGACAACGACUAUCCAGUCAGUGUGAAGCAGGACAAGGACACAGCAAUUACACGUGCGCGAGAUCUGUACGACCUGGGUUGCACGAUCGAUCUGUUCCCAAUCUCGCGUGCUGAUCAUAUGUUCGAUCGCACAAAAUUCUACGACGACCUGGUCUAUCCUACAUCUCCUUCAGAUCCUGAUGCACCGAUAGCAUUACCUUCAACCACCAAAGUGGCGAAAAGCGGAGAUGGAAUAAGUUUACUGAGACAACUUCUCUCGUCCAUCAACUCCAAAGCCGCCCCACGGCGGGCACUUUUCAGUCUUCCCUUCGAGAUAGGCCCGGGCCUUCGCAUAGGCAUCAAGGGCUUUAUUCUCAUCAAACGACAAGAGCACGCCAAGAGUUGCAAUGUUUGGGUAGGAGGCGAAAAGCCUCAAAUCGUCACGGCGUCAACCACUCAUAUGGCUGACGACACAGCUCGUGUCGUAGAGAAGGUGGAGCUCCGCAAAGCGUACAAAUUCGGUGGUGAUACCAUCACCUUCACCGCCGACGAAUCUGUUCAGCUUCGUCAAUGUUGGGGCGAACCAGUCCUACGCAUCAUUGGCUUCAAACCCCUCUCAUAUCUACCUAUAUGGGCCAAUGUUGGCAAGGCUACUUUCAUAUACCCAUCUGAGGUCGACUUCGUAGGCUCAACACGGGUCUUCUCUGCCCUCCAGCAGAAAUUACUGAAGUCAAGCAAAAUGGCACUAUCUUGGUUUAUCGCACGGAAAAACGCCGCACCGAUCCUCGCCGCCAUCAUCCCUGGUGAAGAGCGUGUAGACGAGGGUGGCGAACAGACCUGGCCACCAGGUCUGUGGAUCGUUCCUCUCCCCUUCGCCGACGACAUCCGACCGUGUCCCGAACACAAAUGCGAGCCCGUCAGCACUCCCGAACUCACCGAUAAAAUGCGCGUCAUCAUGGAACAACUUCAAUUACCCAAGGGUGUAUAUGAUCCCAGUAAAUAUCCUAACCCCGAUCUGCAGUGGUUCUACAAGAUUCUGCAAGCUAUGGCGCUCGAAGAGGAGAUUCCCGAAAAAGCCGACGACAAGACCGUACCGAAGUACAGGCAAAUCGAAAAGCGGACUGGCCCGUAUGUGAUAGAGUAUGGCGAGCAAUUUGAAGUCGAGAUGGCCAAAGUUAAUCAGCCUUCAUCAUCCCUGCCUUCCCGCGGCAAGACGGCUGCCAAACGAACGAACAUAGAAGCCGAUGAUGACGACGAGCUGAAACCGAAGAAGCGGGCCAAGAAGGAGGACGCUGGUGACGACGAUGAAGCGUUGACCAAUGCGCAGAUGGAGACUCUAUGUCUGAAUGGCUCUGUUGCGAAGCAGACUGUUGCUGUGCUGAAAGCCUACUUGAAGGCGAACGGAUUGAGCACGACAGGCAAGAAGGCUGAAUUGGUUCAGAGGGUCUCUGAUCUCUUUUAG